CCAGAAUGUCAUUUAUGUCAUAAAUAGAGAAUUUGGAAGUUGUGAAUGAUGAUGUGUUUCUCGAUCGUGUAAUCGAAAAAAUAGUUAAAAAAACUUUUAUUAUGCCGGUGUAUGGUUGUUGACCUAAUUUAGAACAGAAACAUGAAUUUUAACGCUUCCAGAAACGUGAAUGCGGGUGGGCCUCGCAAAGCCAAGAGAGUUGUUGAUGUGGCGGCCAUGGGUGCACCAUCACCAGCCCCCUCCUUCAGCCCAGCAGCUCCAUAUAACCCAGGCUACGCCCAGGGUCCACCACCCCCUUACCAACAGGGGAUCCAGUUGGAUGGAGCUCAGAACUUUGGUACUCCUGAACCUGCUGGAAAUUUUGGCUACAUGGCCGGAUAUCCCCAAACUCCAAUGGCGUCACCAGCCAACAUUGGUGCAAUGCUUCAUCAACCUAUUGUACAGGACAUGGCAAUGCAGUACGGCAACCAGCUGGCCGCCCAGGGCCGCGAGGUGGUGACGCGGGAGUUGGGCAAAUUCGUUCCGGUGUCUCGCCUGCGCUACUACUUCGCGGUGGACACCAACUAUGUGCUGAAGAAAUUGCUGCUCAUCCUCUUCCCUUAUAGGCAUCAGGAGUGGAUGGUGAAGUACGACCAGGAGAGCCCGGUGCAGCCGCGCUACGACGUCAACGCGCCCGACCUGUACAUCCCGUGCAUGGGCUACGUGUCCUACGUGUUGCUGGCGGGCUUCAUGCUCGGGCUCCAGCAGCGCUUCUCGCCGGAGCAGAUCAGCGUGCAGGCGUCGGGCGCGCUGGCCUACAUCGUGUGCGAGAUGGCGCUGUACCUGGCCACGCUGUACGUCACGGCCACGCGCACGGCGCUCAACACACUGGACCUGCUGGCCUUCUCGGGCUACAAGUACACGGCCAUGAUCUACAGCCUGCUGGCCGCGCUGGCGCUGGGCGCGCCCGGCUACUACGCCUGCCUGCUGUACUGCAGCCUCGGCCUGUCCUACUUCCUGGUAAAGACUCUCCGCCUUCGGCUACUGACGGGCCCCACGCAGACGUCGGAACAGCCAAGCUACGCCUAUGCUGCCCACUACGCGUCGCCCAACCCCUACACCGACAGCUGGGCCAAGCCGUCCAGCGGCGGGACCAAGCGGAGGGUGUACUUCCUCCUAUUCGUGGCCAUCACCCAGCCCUUGCUGUCGUGGUGGCUGACCUACCACCUCGUGCCCUCCAGCCCUGCGCUGCCCCCCGUGACGUCAGCGGGAUAGCGGAACACUGCGGCCCAUAGAAGGAUCCGGAAGCACGGAUUGUGAGUCCAAAGUGGCAUGGAAACAACAAAGUGCACUAAACUUUAAUGUGACAAAAGUUUACACUGACAGUUCUUAAAAAAAAAAAAACUCGACCGAAUAUGCACUAAAAAGUCAAUUAGUUUUUAAGGCCAUCUUCACCUAUUAGGGGUAUACUCCCUAACAGGUUAGCCCGCUACCAUCUUAGACUGUAUCAUCACUUACCACCAGGUGAGAUUGCAGUCAAGGGCUAACUAGUAGAGGAAUUAAAAAAAAUCUUAAAAAUGUACUAUUGUUGUUUGUUGUGUAAACGCAGUGCUUAAAAAAGGCCAAGUAAACAAUCAAACCGGCCAAAAAAAAAAUGGGCUAAAAUGGAUACAAAUACCAAAAACAUUGAAAAGCAUUGUAAACCACUAUAUGCAAUGCUUUAUGUUAAGGUUUGUAAAAAAAAUAUUUUCCAAAUCUAAAAUAUAAUCCAAUUCAAAAACACCUAUAACAUAAACUAAAUUAACGGUCAAUACAAAUGCCUGAAAGCAUUUUCUUUAAAGAGUAUAAAACAUAGUCGCUUCCGUUGUCUGUGCGCAUAGACCUUUCUUUAAUUUCGCAAUGUAUUUUAAUGCAGUUUUCACCAAUAGAUACGAGUGAUUCAAGAGGAAGGUGUAUAUUUAGUAAACAUGCAUGUUAUAGCGGAGAAUAGCAAAGAAAUUCAAACAUUUCUACUGUUAUGUUGUAACAAACAUAUUAUUGUUGAUACAACAUAACAUUAGAAAUGUUUGAAUUUACCCCCCAUUAGUAGGUAUCUACGCCAAAUAUUUAAAAUGCUUUUGAGUCGUGUAUUAACAAAGAAAUUGAUUUAUAAAAACCUAAUAGUACCUUUGAAGGAAUAAAACCCAAAAUCGUGCAUUCGUUCAAAGGUACAUGCAAAAUUAAAAUUCCAGUUAAAAUGCCAAAUUAUACUGUUUACGGUUAAAAUAUUACGUCUUUAUUUCUUUUUAUAUCCCUUUUGCAAUGAACUUCCAAAAGGAAGGACGUUUCAAUCACAUUUCCAGACACUUACUGAGGCGAAAGGAAAUUCGAUUAGGUAAUUGAUUCGAUUUUGCUGAUUAUUUAUUAGCAUCAAAAAUCAAAGCACUUGCUCUGCUUUGAUAGAUUUUAGAUCGAAUAGGGCCCGCCGAUCUAAAAAGUCGCCGCUUACGGCUACUUUUUAGAUUGCACAACAAACUCGAUACGAUUGGCUUCCAUAUAAAAACGUAACAAGCUUUAUUAUAUAACAGUAGAAUAGUACAGCGUAUAGCUUUUCUUUAUAUAAUACUUGACGGACUUAGCAAAUGGCCCACAGUUUUUUGCUCGCAAUCGAGAAGUCGUUUCAGAGUAUGGAAAUACUUGAACGUCAGAGUAAAAUGGAUCUUAUUAAGAUGAGUUUAAAGCCCAAAUUCGCCUACAGUUAUUUAGCUCGGUCUGUUACCAGAACCUGGAUAAUAAUGAGCAUUGUCACGUCAUACUCUAGUGUCAAAUUGUUAGUGUUCGUUUAAAAUUUUUACUGUUUUUCAUAAAUAUUAGAUUAUUUUACAAUUAUAAACACUGAGUUUUAAAAAAAUAGAAGGUUUUAAUUCCGUACGUAUUUAAUAUUUUUACACUCCUUGUGUGAUAUUUUUUUAUUCGGUAGAGGAUGCCCUCGUUUAAGUCACAUAUAAUCUUCGUAAACUUUAACUCAUUUUUAAGUACCAUCAAUAAUUAAAUAGAUACCAUAGCGAUCAAUUUUGACCAGACCGCUAUAGUUUUUUAUAAAUUAAUCCUUCGUGCUAAAUGUGAACCAAAAUACAAUCUUAAAAAUCAGAAAUCUGACUUCCUGAGUCACUACACACUCAAAAAUAAAUUGCUUGCACAUCUAGUUUGACGUUGGUCCGACUUCAAAAUACUUGUACAAACAAAAUGUAAUUAAUUUUUUUACGUGUGUACCUAUUUCCUUACACAUAUUGGAUACUUAAGUUAUUAAUAUCGUGUACAUAGUUAAAAUUAUUGUAUAGCUUUUUUAAAAAGAAAUCUCUUUACUUAUUAUAAAUAAAACAUAACAUAACCAGGCAUUUAUUUUAAAAACUUAUUACUUUAUGAGUGCUUAAACUACUUAUGAAAGGGCUUUGAAUAUUCUAGCUUUUAUACUUGGCCGCCAUGUUUGAGAAAAAAAAUCGUGGACAGUAAGUAAGGCAGAGUCCAUGAAAUAUUCAAAACCCAUUUAAUAAAUUAGUUAUCUAUGUCUAGAAUUAAAUCGUUUUGUAUAUACUCUGUGGUAAACGACAUGCAGUCUAAAAGGGAGCAGGCUAGGGAACUACUACAAGUAACUUUGAAGUGACGUUACUUUGCAAUAAAAAUCUACCGAUUGUUUAUUUGCCCUACUAACGAAUGAUUAUAUUAUCAUUAAAAACUAUAUUCGCUAGAUUCAAUGAUAAAACUAUAUUUUUUAAAUUCAUACUACGCUGUAAAAAGUUGACAAAUGACAAUUGUUUAUUAUUGUUUUAUAUGACCGAUAAAAUUUACAGGACGUUAGAAAUGCAUUAUUUCAGCGUGUAAAUCUAAGCGUAGACUGAGAACAAUAUAUGUAACGCUUACUACCGUCGCUUAAAGCAAUAUUAUUUGAAAUUGAUAGUUCAUUAUGACAAAACCUUGAUGUCACUAAAAUCCAUACUUAAUAAUAUAAAUGCGAAAGUGUUUGUUUGUUUGUCCUUGCUUCACGCGCUAACUAAGCAACCAAUCAACUGGAUUUUUGGCAUAGAGUUAGUUGAAAGAUCUUUUGGUGAAAUUCUAUUUUACAUUGAACAACUUUUUUCGUAAUAAAGCAACAAAACGAAAAGAGUUAAAACUACUUUAAGCGAUGAUAGUAAGGCCCAGAUCGCAUGAUCUUACUUGGCCCGAAGUUUACUCUCUGAGACGGUACCUACGUCUAGUAUGUACUACAAUGUACCCGUUGAAAUUCUAAAAACAAUAACUGCGCCAAUUCAGUGUUCCUUUUUAAAUAUAGUUAUUAAAUCGACAAGAGAACGUUUCGUCCCUGAUAGUAGCAAGCUGUAAGUUCUCUGCUUUGUACUAAUCUAAAUAUUUGUAAUAAAGUAAUUUUUUUACGGAU